AGCUGUGAAUUCCUUAACAGGGAAGACAUUGUCUCCACAUUCUAUAUAGAAACAGGUACCUAGAUCAAGCUAGUAGCUCUAAACACUGGAAUAGUGAUAAAGCAAUAAUGCAUUAUGAAGUAGCUGCUUGGCAAAAUGCAGUGAUGAGCUGAGGAACAUCUAAUAUUUAUAUAGUCCCAGCACGUGCAAAAGUGACUGCUGUUAAUCAGAGUGGUUUCAAUUAAAAGUAUUUUCCUGAGGCUGUUUUUAUUCUAUAUGGGGGAAUUCUUUGGCACAGCAUUUUUUCCAUCAAUGAAUGCCAGGGCAUUGAAAUAGAAGACUUUCACAGAAACAUAGUGUGCCUAUACCCAGGCAGAGAGGCUGCUGUGACAUGCUGUAAUUACAGCGCAUUGGAACAGACUCGAUUAAUGGAGUCUACUGGGGCCUUGCUUUUAGUUAAAGCCCCCCCCCUUUUUAAGUGCAGGGACAUUGAUACACAAGAUGCUCCAGGUGCUUUAAUUAGAUCAGCUCUAAUUAACACCUUGCCCCCACACACUCCCAGAGCAUGUGUAUAAACGCCCAUAGGUUUCAAGUAAACUUUGCUGAUAACAUCUUGGCACACCCUAAAUUGGAGGGGAAGAGGUACCAGUAACUCAGUGAUUGAGAUCAGGGGCUUGGAUUGGAGUUGUUUCCCACAUCCUGGGUGAAUGGUCUGUUGUCUACUCUGGGACAGAUCUCUCUCUUGUGAAAAAUAUCUAAAGGUCUCAUUUUGGAACCGAGAGCCCUAGUUUUUUGUAUGCCUUUUUGUUUCAAACCAACACGGCUACCAAGUACACCCCUAAAGGUCUCAUUCCCAUUCCUGUGCAGAGCACAACAGAUGGUCGAAGCCUUUCAUAAAAUGGAAUCCUUUUGUUUUCUGGCCAGGAGUUUGUGGAUCCUUACACUGGUCUGCACUGUUGUGAAGGGGCUGGAAGAGAAAGUUCUAUGUCCUUUGACAAUAUACCCAGGGCACCCAUGUCUCUUCACAAAUGACAGAUCUUCAUACUUUCAUCAUGUUUAUCCUUUAUAUUUGCACAUUUCAGCUUGAAGAGUCCGUUCCACUGAUGAUGAUAACAGGGAUAAGAUUACAUCAAGGUGUCCUGUUCCAUAUGCUCACAACACAUUGAUGGGCAGUGAUACAAUCUGAGCCUUAUAACUUUCCUUCUGGAGUUACUGAGAGCCAGUAACAGUGUAUUCAUUCUAGGGUGCAGUUGUGUGCAAGUCUGAGAUUCCCUCCUUGACUCUCUCUUAACCCCUUAGGACACUUGUCCUCCUUACAAAGCUCACCUUGAAUGUAGCCUCGCAAGGACUCUCCUGGUGCUGACGUAUUAAGGGCCUAGGACUGGAAGGGACCUCCUGGGUCACUGAGUCUAGUCAUCUGCACUUGUAGGCACUAUAUCAUACAGUCCUUUUCAUAUACUUACCAAACUCCAUCUCAAAAGCAGUUAGAUCUGCCCCCUGCUGUGUCCAUGAGACAGUCGUUCCAGACCCCGAUUCCUUUAAUGGCUAUGAACCUUGUAAUUCUCAAGCUAAAAUCUGUGGCUAAAAAGCACCUAUCAGUCCUGUUUCUUUCCUUUAAUUUCUAUAUUUGGGUAGAAAUAGUAGACAAUUUGUGAAACUAACAUGUUUAAAAGCCAUCCUUGAUCCCAAGGUGUGGGCUGUAUUGCAUCCUAGUGGCAGUGCCAUAAUGCUUAUGGCAGCCUAGUCUACUGCCACUGAAAUCAAAUUCCAUCCACAUCAGGUUCAUGGAAGAGGAGACAGCAGUUUUGACCCUGAGAAAACUGGGAAAUGAAAGAUAAAAUGAAAUGCCCUUUGCAUAAGGAGUGACAUUUGUGGGUAGUUUUGAUUGCCUUUUUCUGAUGAGAGAGAGAGGGGGGUGGUUUUUGGUUCACAGUAGAAUAAAGCUCUACCAAUUAACAUCCAUUUAAAAUCUGGCCCUCUGGCUAUAUGAGUUGCAUGAAACAAAACAUGCUGCCUUUCUGGUGUGAAAUGUGCAGCAGGUGGUCAGCACAGAGCUACUUGAAAACCAAAAGCAUUUUGAAGCAGGUCUAGAACAACUGGAUAAGAAAACACCUUUUCAGUAGAGAAGCCGGCUUCCAAGAAUGUUACAACUUCUUAGAAGGAUUUGCAAGAUUUAAGCCUCCUCAGCCGUUCUGCCAAGGAAUUAGGAUUGAGGGGUUUGCUUUGCCUCUAUUCACAAGGUUUGUUCACCUUGGCAUGUAACAUAAUUUGGGGUUGAUUGCAAAAAAUAUUGGGAGCAGAGCUAGGAAAAGCUUUUAAGUAGCAAUUUCCGUUAGCGAUUUGAGCCUGAGGCUGUUCCAGCAGAGCUUGUUUGUUUUAACUCGGGUUGCUCCUUGGAGGGCUCUGUUUCCCUGCAUUUGUCAGCCACGCCUCCUGUCCUACUCCCCUCCGCUUUCCAUAUGCCCCUGUGGUACCUUCUCAAGUAACGGAGGUGGACUAGGGCUGCUUUGCUCUGAGGGGCAGAAAGAGAAAAAGGAACUUCUUGCUGGAAAGGAGGCAUCAGUGCCCAUGCAGGCAGGGGUGCCAGGGAUGGCAGAUCAAAGGGCUAUUUUAGCUGCCAAGCACGGAGACUUGGCUGCCUUGGAGCAGCUCCAUGCAAACGGUGCACUGGGGUGGGAUAUUGCUGACUCCUCAGGAGCAGGUCUGGUCCAUCAUGCUUCCCGAGCUGGCAGUCUGGAGUGCCUCAAGUUCCUGGUGCUACAAGCCAAGCUUCCAGGGAACCAGAGAGCCAACAACGGGGCAACGCCAGCCCAUGAUGCGGCAGCCAUGGGGAACUUGGCAGAGCUGCAGUGGUUGAUCAGGGACGGGGGCUACAACCUACAGGAACGGGAUGCCUCGGGGGCCUCUCCACUGCACGUGGCUGCUCGUUUUGGGCAUGCCGAGGUCGUGCAGUGGCUGCUCCAGGCAGGCUAUGACACUGCAAUGGAGACGUGUGAGGGGGCAGUUCCAGCACAUUACGCCGCAGCCCGAGGGGACCUGACCUGCCUGAAGCUGCUGGUGGCUGCAGACCACAGCUGUGUGAACAAGCAGACGCAGAGUGGAUGCUCGCCCCUGUACCUUGCCUGCCAGGAGGGACACCUGCACAUUGCCCAGUUCCUGGUGAAGGACUGUGUGGCCAACGUGCACCUCAGCGCACACGAUGGCAUGAGUGUGCUGCACACUGCGGCCUGGGGUGGCCACUACCCCUUGGUGGUCUGGCUGGCAGCUUUCACAGACAUCAACCUCACUGCACAGGAUGAGGAGGGAGCCACUGCCCUGCACUUUGCAGCCAGGGGAGGUCACGCUGCCAUUGUGGACAGGCUCCUCCUGAUGGGGGCUGUGAUAAUGAGGGACCACUGGGGAGGGACCCCCCUGCAUGAUGCAGCUGAGAAUGGGCAGCUGGAGUGCUGCUGGAAUUUGGUUUCCCAUGGCAUAGACCCAGGUCUCCGAGAUGAGGAUGGUUACACCGCGAUGGACCUAGCGGAAUACAACGGACACAGACAGUGUGCUCAGUACCUGCAGGAGGUGGAGAAGCUGUCUGGUCAACAGAGAGAUUCUAGCAACCAGGAGGGUCAAAAGGCCAAUGUCACAGUAACAAAAAGCCAAUGCAUGGGUGAGUACCACAGGCUGCAUGACCACCUGGACUGCCUUGGGACAUCAAGUGAUGCCACCACAAGGAUGGAGAAUGCCAAGACUCAAGCGCCAAUGAAUUCUCUGCAGCUUGAGGUAAGUGAUUCACCACACCCAAAGAAAGAAGGAAUUAUCCACACACACCCCAGCAAUACCACUGCAAAUUCCUUUGACAUGGUACUCCCCACUGAAUCCAGCAAGCCGCUCACAGCUGAGCUGAAGAUCAGCAAGUCCCUGCAGAAGGCCAGGAUCACAGCAAUGUUCACACAUGCUGCUGAGAAGAAGGAGCCAACAGAUCCUGCAUGGAAUAGCUUCACCUUCCCGGUACUGGAUGAGCUGCACCCUUUAGAUAUUGAUGCCCUGGUCCCUACCCAUGAUGAACGAGGCCACCCGAUCCCAGAGUGGAAGCGGCAGGUGAUGGUGAGGAAGCUGCAGGCUCGGCUGCAGUCUGAAGAGGAUGUGGGCAGGAAGAGCACUGAGGAUGGCUCAGCAGAGCUGAGGGAUUGGAGGUACUCUCACACUCACAAUGCUAUCCUGGGCCCCUAUGGAGAGCUGCUGACUGAGGAUGACGUGCUUUACCUGGAGAGGCAAAUUGAGAACCUGCAGCUGAGAAAGAAGUGCCAGGAAUAUGAGAGUGAGCUGGGGCGCUUAGCAGAGGAGCUGCAGACCAUCCUGCCUGCCCCCAUUGUCAACAUCACCAUCAACAGCCAGCUCCUGCAGCAGGGGCCAGAGCGGGGUGACCAGACCCUGCCGGUCUGGUGCAGUCGCAUCUCUGGUGUAGUGAAGAGCAUGUCUUUGCUGCUGGCCAACGUAAAUGAUGGCAAGAGGAAGGAAGGAGAGAGGCCAGCCCCAAAAACACAGUCAAAGCCCAGUGAGGUGAGGGGCCCUGCAGGAGGCACUGCAGAGAGAGAGAUCCUGGAGUGUGGUGUCUCUGUUAGGGACUUGAGGGGUAACUUUGAGAAGCAGGCUUUCCCAGGACAAAAAAUGCCUUUGGAGCUCCAAGGUGGGAAGGGGACACCCAGGGAAUGCUCUGGAGGAUACCUAGGUCCUUCCCAAAAGCCCUGGAGCACAAGUAAGAGCCAGAGAAAACCUGUGUGUGAAGACCACGAGUGUGGUGAUGUGGAGAUUGCCAGUGACUCGGGGAUCAGCUGUGAAGAGGCUUCCUCAGAUGCAAGCGGGUCUCCUGUCCCAGCCACAGAGGCAGUCAGUCUCAGAAAAGAACGGAUAGUCAUGCUCUUCCUGAGCCACUGGAAGAAAUCUGCUUACAUGCCUUCCCUGAAAACCAUGGCCAGGAAAACUCUGGAGGCUCAAAGGGGCAGGAGGAAGGGAGGGGAGGAGGCUUCUGGGAAAGCCAGAGAAGAGCGGGUUCCCGUGGAGAAGCCCGUGGUGGAAAUGAGCAAACUGAGCCAUUUAAUUCAGCAGAGGAACACUAUCAAGAACCUGAUCUGCAACUGGAAGGACCUCAUCUCUCAUGUCCCAUCGCGGCAGAUCCAGCGCCUGAACCGCCGGCACAUCACCUAUUCUCCCGAGCAGUUCCUGCCCCAUGUCAAUGGGGCCCCUGUUGACUAUGACAGCCUAACCCUUGAUCUUUUCAUGCUUGGCUACUUCCAUAUCCUGGAGCUGGACCUUUCCCCUGAUGAGCGCAGGGCGAGGCACCUCCUCUGCUUUGAAGUCUUCGACCACUUGGGCAGACACAGCUGGGAGACCGUGCGUGCCUUCCACAAGGCAGUGGUUGAUGAGGUAACUGCAGGAAGGCGGGGGUGGAAAGACAGCUUGGAGGAUGUGAAGAUUCAUUUUUUUGGCCACGCAAAGGAUCCAAAAAGGGAGAUGGAACCAAGCAGAGCCUCAGCAGAUACCACACUAAAGCCAAUAUCCAGAGUCAAGGUCCAAAGUGCUGCUCUCGAGCAGGGACAGCAUGUUCCAGGCAACUGCACGGAACUUGGUAGCUUCAACAAUGAAGAAAUCUGCAGAUACAUUGACCGGAGCUUCACCUUCUGGAAGGAAAAGGAAGCUGAGAUCUUCAGCUUCGAGGACUGAAGUCUGGAGCCAUGGUGGAAUGGUAGCCCCUGGUAUGACAUGAAUGAGAGUCAGGAAGCUGAGUUGUUUUGGGGGACACUGCUGGCUCUGUGGCAGCAUGUUUGAUUCCCCAGCUACUGCUACAAGCAAGUGUGGAAGGACUCGGGGGAAAUUCAUUCCACUGCAGCUUGGUGGAGCAGAGAGAUUGACCUAUAAGGAGAUCCUCAAAGGCACAAAUGGCACCUGGGCACCCAGCCCCUAGUGCCUGUAAAUAGGGUACAGGUGUCAAGCUGUCCCUUGUGCUCCUGAUAUCUCCUCCUGGCCUCACAUCACCUUCUCCCUAUUUUCACCCUUUAAAGUGUUUUUUGAGCAAGCUGCUGUGUCCUCAGGACAACAGAUUGUUGGUGCUCUCUUCCCCUCCCCAACCUUGCCCAGCCCUUCUCAUGAGCAUAUACAGAAAAAAACCCCCAGGGUCUGGCUUAAAGAUACUGAAGGACCCUUGAGGAUUCAUGCUAGUGAUGCCAGCCAAGGAUAUGACCAGCAGUAGGAGGUGCAGAACUGCCACGGGCACCCCAGGAACUUCAGGACUAUGUCCACAUGGUGAACUUGCUGUCCCUAGUGAUGGCCAUUUCACAUCUGCUGCACUGCUGGCAGGACACCUCCUGAAGGGAAGCAGUGACAGAGCUGGUUAUCUGGUCCCUAAGCUAUUUAGCUCAUCUGUGAUGCUGCAGCUCUGUUGCUUCCAGUUUGGAAGGCAGCCUGUCCAUAGCAGCACUGCCAAGGUUUAGCCCACUACAUUGGCAUAGCUCAGGACUCUUCUUCAGGGUAGGUGGCUUGCAGGGUGAGUGCUCUGAACAAACCACCUUGGUCAUCUCCUGGCCAAUCCACAGACAGACCAUGAAUAAGCAUCUGAGCAAAAGAACAAGGUGAUGAAAGCCCCCAGGAGAGGAACACUGGGUAUUAAAGCUGAGCAGUGCACUGGGAUCAGGCAAGUCCCAGUUUAGUCGGGGGAUGGGGUGGGGUGAGGAGCACUACAUGUUCUUCGGGGCUUUGGGGGCAGGAAUCCCUUGGGUUAUGUCUGAGGUGUCCUUGGAGCGUCUGUGUUGGGCUCCAGAGGGAACUGCAUCUCCUUGUAGCAACUA